AUGGCUACUGAAGUAUCCCACGGUCGCGGCGGCGCGGGCAACAUCGAUGUGGACGACACCAAGUACGUCGACGGCGAGGUGGUGCGAACCGGAGUCGUGGGCAGCCAUGGUGAUGGCGCCUUCAGCGCCGGCCGAGGCGGCCUCGGCAACAUUGCGGACGUAGGAACUGCGCCGAAGCAUCGAAACGACACCGACGUCGUGCCCGAAGCUGCUGUUCGCUCGAGCCAGGAUGUGCAAGGAUACCACACGGGCCGGGGCGGCGUAGGCAACGAGCAUCGUGUUAACGAGCCGGCUCAUGCGAAGCCUCGCCCUGUGGCGCCGAUUGGUCUGGCGGACAAGCUCAAGUCGAAGCUGUUUGGCGCAUUCAAGCACUGA